UUGGUUUUUCUUUUUGUUAUAAAAGGUGGGGGAGAUGUGGGUGUGAGGAAAUUUGGGGCAGAGAUUAGGGCAAACAGAAGAGCUUUAAGCGUGAUUAAUCACAAUUUAGGCGCUGUUAAUCCCUACCCUUGUGUUGUUAACAAAAGAGGAUAUACAGAAUCGAAUGUGGCUUGUGAUAAGAAAGGUCCCGUGCAAGCACAUAGGCCGAUCACAAGGAAAUAUGCUGCUCAAAUGGCUGUCUCUCGACCUCCUUGCCCCGAGGAAUCAAAGAAAGCAAAAACAUCAUCAUCAUCAUCAGCCACAGAGUUCACUGUAUGGGAGGAUAUUCCUCUUAUAGAUGCAGAGGAAAAUCAUGAGGCAGCUAAAGAACAGCCUGUACCCAUGUCCUUAGAACAUCCAGAGUUCGAAAUGGCCGACAAAAAUCAAAUGAAGGAGAUUGAGAUGGAGGACAUAUUUGAGGAGACUGUGGCCGAUAUUGAUGGUGGUGAUGUUAAGGAUCCGCUUGCCGUUGUUGAAUAUGUCGAUGAUCUAUAUGCUUACUACAAGAAAAUGGAGGUGCACCACAAAUUCGAACUUCGGGAAGAGACGUUAUUUCUGACCGUAAACUUAAUCGACCGUUUCUUGGCAAAGCAAUCGGUGGUGAGAAAAAAGCUUCAGCUCGUUGGACUUGUGGCGAUGCUUUUGGCUUGCAAGUACGAAGAAGUUUCUGUUCCUGUUGUCGAUGAUUUAGUGUUCAUUUCGGACAAAGCUUACUCGAGACAAGAAGUUCUUGAAAUGGAGAGGUUGAUGCUCAACACGUUGCAGUUCAAUAUGUCUGUCCCGACUCCUUAUGUUUUCAUGAGAAGGUUCCUCAAGGCCGCUCAAUCUGAUAAGAAGCUUGAGCUACUGUCCUUCUUCUUGAUCGAGCUUUGUCUGGUGGAAUACGAGAUGCUCAAGUACCCGCCUUCCUUUCUUGCUGCUGUUGCAAUAUGCACUGCUCAAUCGACAAUCUAUGGUGUCAAUCAAUGGAGUAAGACUUGCGAGUGGCACACGGGUUACUCGGAAGAUCAACUAUUGGAAUGCUCGAGAAUGGUUGUCGGGCUCCAUGAAAAUGCGGCCACCGGAAAAUUGACUGGAGUUCACAGGAAAUACAAUACGUCGAAAUUUGGAUAUGCAGCGAGAUGCGAGCCAGCUCGUUUUCUUGUACAAACACCACCACAAUAGUUUUUUACUGCUGACAUUAAUGUGAUUUUCUGUGUAAUUGUGUUUGAUUGUUGUGUGACACACUUAAAUUAUUGUGGGGGGGACUAAACUGCAAUAGUUGUUAAGCUGGGGGGGAAAUAGUAGCAACUUUCAGUUGCCCCAGGGGGGAGGAUUAAUUUUAAUUCUAAUGUUCAUGAGAGGCAGAAAUCCUGCACUUGUUUUUUUUUUUUACUGAUUCAUCAUCACACCUACUACAUUUGAUUAUUUGAGUAAUAAAAAUACAUUUAUUUCUUGUUCAGAGCAAA